AUGUCUACCAACAGUUCCAAGCAGCCUGUUGUCCCAAACCCCACGGGGAAGAGGAAGCGAUCGUUGUCUACGACAAUACUCGCAACACCAUCGUCCAAGCCAACAAAGAAGACAAAGAGCUCGUCCGAUACGGAGAUCGCCUCACCACUCCUUCGUCUCCCAGCCGAGCUUCGAAACAUGAUCUGGGGCUAUGCCGCGGACUGGAGUGAUAUCAACGAGACGAUCGCAGAAUGUCGAGGACGGAUCUGUACCAAGAAGUUCAUGCGCGAGAUGCGUACGACGCCCACCGUUCUCCUACUCUGUCGCCAAGUGACAGCUGAAGCUCUUGACGUUCUUCACAGGAAGCCUCUCAUCCUCGAGGAAGAUCUCUACCACGUCUGCCACCAGAACGUUGAUUGCGGCCUAGAAUGCUUCAUCUCUAGAAGGACGCUGAGGAACAUCAAGACGCUCAUCAUCGACCUCAAUAGCUCGCUCACGAUGUACCCAGAAGAUUGGACAAGCCUCCUCUGCCAAUUUGGGCCCUUUGCGGACUUCUCGCGCUGGGCGGACGUCCCGGCCAAGACUAUACGUUUGCGUAUCCAGGAGGAUUGCUCCGAGGAUGCAAUCGAUGACCUUCUCUCAUUCGCUCAGGACUCUUCGGGGCCUCUAUCGCCUAUCUUGUGCGACGAAUCGGUCCCGGAGGAGUUGAAGACCCAGCUGAGAUACUGUGAGAAAUUGCGUUUGUAA